CUUGAACAGGACUUUGUCAUCGGCCUCUCCAUUUUGCUGCGGGGCACAGUGCAUGAGAAACUCAGCUGGGCUUUUAACCUCUAUGACAUCAACAAGGAUGGCUACAUCACCAAGGAGGAGAUGCUGGCCAUCAUGAAGUCCAUCUAUGACAUGAUGGGCCGCUACACCUACCCGAUCGUGCGGGAAGACGCUCCCUUCGAGCACGUGGAAAAGUUCUUCCAGAAAAUGGACAAGAAUCAGGACGGCGUGGUCACCAUCGAAGAGUUCUUAGAGACGUGUCAAAAGGAUGAGAACAUCAUGAACUCCAUGCAGCUGUUUGAAAAUGUCAUUUAGGACGCCUGUUUCUGUCCCCUGUCCCACCUGCCUCCUUGGCCUGCACUUACGUUAGACGGAG